UAUUUCUUCCGCAGAUUCGUCAGAAAGUGAAAAAAUAUAUAUAUUUUAAAUUUUAACACAAUGAUAACCCUUCGGGUAAUAUCUAAAUAUAAUUAAAAUUAUAACCACAUGCAUUUAUAUGGGAACUCAUGGAUCAGCGAACUCCAGAGCUGGUUUCCAUCUUCAUGUGCAAACUCUGUAACCUGUUUUCCCCAAGCCGAGAUGAACUACUAACUCAUGUCUCUGAAAAGCAUGCAGAGGAAGGUCUGGCUCCGGAUGAACUUAUUGUCCCAUUACGGCCUCUUCCUGGACCUGAAAAGAGUGAGAGAAAUGAAGAAGGCAGUCCCUCGGGAUUGAAGAUGACUUGCUUCCACUCUGGUUCGAUGGGUUCUGAGAUGGCUGAUAAGUCAGCGACAGUAGCUGUGAAGAGGAAGAGAGGAAGACCCAAAGGUUCAAAGAAAAAAUUCUACGCUGAAGCAGAGGAGUCGGGAGAUGCUGGCAGUUGCAAUCUGAGUGCAGAAAAUAAACUUGACCAAGAAGAGGAGGAAUUGGAGGAGUUGGAUAGCUUGGACUGCAGAAAAUGCAGUCGUAAAUUCUCGAACAGGAGACAGCUGCAGAAACAUCGCUGCUUUGUUGUACUGAAAGACGACGGGGAAGAAGAAGAAGCAGAAGAUGACAAAACUGACCCUGAAGUAGAGUUGGAUGAAGAAAGAGAUAGGGCUGCCAAAAGAGCACGCUUACAAAAGAACGAAAAUUUGAUUUUUAAGGAUGCUGAUCAAAAUGCAGGAGGGAAGAAGCCAAUUAUCAGUGUGGUUCUUGCGGCACAUGAAGCUAUUCCAGGUGCCACAAAGAUUAUCCCUGUUGAGGCCUCCCCAGCUGAGGAAACCCCAGCAGCUGAGCCAGAAAGUAUUAGCCAAGAAUCGGCUUUGCGCAAGGGUUACCAGGAAUAUGCUAUACAGCAGGCACCUUUGGAACUGGCUCAGAAUUCUUUCAGACAAGGGACCACGCAGCUGAAGAUUUUUACAUGUGAAUAUUGCAAUAAAGUAUUUAAAUUUAAGCACUCACUUCAAGCUCACCUCAGAAUUCAUACCAAUGAGAAACCUUACAAAUGUUCGCAAUGUGACUAUGCCAGCACAAUCAAGGCCAACCUUAUCGUCCAUAUGCGUAAGCACACGGGGGAAAAAUUCAGCUGUGACUACUGUGUCUUCACCUGCCUCAGCAAAGGGCAUCUGAAAGUGCACAUUGAACGUGUGCACAAAAAGAUCAAGCAACAUUGCCGCUUUUGCAAAAAGAAAUACUCAGAUGUCAAGAACCUGCUCAAGCACAUCCAGGAGAGCCACGACAUGGAUGAGGAGAAAGUCAAAGAGGUCUACGACGAGCUGCGCCUGCUGACGAGGGAGGGCAAACGGCAGCUGCUGUAUGACUGCCAUGUGUGCGAACGCAAGUUUAAAAAUGAAUCAGACCGCGAUCGGCACAUGCUGGUCCAUGGUGAUGACCGCCCAUUUGCUUGCGAGCUUUGCGAUCAUGGAGCCACAAAAUAUCAUUCACUAGAGGCGCAUGUCCGCAAACAUAAAUUUAUCUACAUUUGCUCGGUAUGUGCCAAGAAGUUUGUUAGCUCGGUCAAGUUAAAGUGUCACGUCAAGGAGGCUCAUAGUGACUUGGGGGAGGAUUCAGUAUUCAAUAACUCCAUUAAUCAGAGCUUCUACCUUCUAGAGUCGGGAGGGGACAUUCAACCGGAGGCCUUGGAGGACUCUGCUGAUAGCGCUGGUUUCAAUGGCUGUGACCAAGAUGCAAAUGGGCACCAGGUUCUUGUAGAACUUGACAAUGAAGAAGCUAACAUUCCCAUGCAGAGUCUUACUCAACAAGAGGAGGUUAUGCAGGUCCAUUCGAAAGACUUGGACAAUCCUUCAGAUGGUCCUGGGGCCAUCCAACAUGAAGAAGUAUCUUUGGAUGAAAGUAACAUAUCUUCGAAAAAUGAGCAACAGUCUAUGGAUGAGUGUCAGGGUGAAAUCUUGCCAGCUCUCCCUGUUAGCAGUGACACUGUGGUAGACUCUGAAAGCACAGGAACAAACCAUCAGUCUAGCUGCACUGACCAGGAUGGUGCUGAUUCCCUCAAGGAGUAUGAAUCUUGUGUGGCCCAAAAUGAAGACUCAUUUGAAAUGGUUCAGCUUGAUGGUGCUAAAGAUUUGUGCAAUUCAACAGCUUCACACUUGACUUUUGAGAAAAUUCCAUUGAGAACAGAAGCUCAAAAGGAUGGAAUGGACCUUGGAGCCUUCCAGCAAGUUCUUGACAGCUUACAGAAAAGACAACUGAAUGUCAGUCUUUAUGAGAAGAUUAGGAAGGUCUAUGGUGAUCUGGAAUGUGGAUACUGUGGAAAAUUAUACUGGUACCAAGUCCACUAUGACAUGCACAUUCGGACGCACACCCGGGAGCACCUGUAUUACUGCUCUCAGUGCAGCUACUCCUCCAUCACCAAGAACUGUUUAAAACGCCACGUCGUGCAGAAACACAGCAACAUCCAGCUGAGGUGCCCAUCUGAGGGAUGCAGUUACACCACUGCGGACAAGUACAAGCUGCAGGCGCACCAGAGAAACCAUGGUGAACUGGAUAAGAAGACUUAUACUUGCCCUGUCUGUGAAAAAUCUUUUUCUGAUGAUCGUCUGAUCAAGUCUCACAUCACAACAUAUCAUCCAGAGGUCCCUAUGAGCACUAUCUCAGAGAUUCUGGGGAAACGAGUACAGCUAAAAGGGUUGAUUGGAAAACGAGCGGUGAAAUGCCCUUACUGUGACUGCUAUUUCCGGAAGAAUGGUACCGAUCUGCAGCGUCAUAUCUGGGCACAUGAAGGAGUAAAGCCGUUCAAGUGUUCAGUUUGUGAGUAUGCCACACGCAGCAAGAGCAACCUUAGAGCCCACAUGAAUCGUCACAGCACUGAGAAGACACACCUCUGUGACUUGUGUGGAAAGAAGUUCAAAUCGAAAGGCAGCCUCAAGAGUCAUAAGCUGUUGCACACCGCUGAUGGUAAACAAUAUAAAUGUACAGUGUGUGACUACACCGCCGCGCAAAAGCCAAACCUCCUUCGGCAUAUGGAGCAGCAUGCUGCAUUCAAGCCUUUCCGAUGUGCGCUGUGCCACUAUUCCUGUAACAUGGCUGGAUCACUGAAGAGACAUUACCACAAGAAACACCCCAAUGAUGAAUAUGUCAAUGCUGGGACUGGUGUGCUAGCUCAGGAAAGUGUGACGCAACAAGUAGCCCAGCAACCCAUUCAGUUUCAAGUCUGGCUUUUCAUGGCAACUGAAGAUGGACAACAAAUGGCGGCCAUGCCUUCUCUGAAUGUCUACUCAACCUCAUUCUUUUGUGGUGUAAAAUGUCCAGUGUGCAGUUUUGUAUACGGUACUAAGUGGGAACUGAACAGACACUUGAAAAACAAGCAUGGACUGAAGAUUGUGGGCAGCAUAGAAGGGGAAGCCAUAGAGCAGCAGGUUCUUGAAGCUUCUCCAGAGCAGACUCAAACACAGUACUUUCACAUAACAGAGAGUGAAGAGGACGUCCAGGGUACUCAGGCAGCUGUGGCAGCUCUUCAGGACCUGCGGUACAACACAGAAAAUGGGGAUAGAAUGGAUUCGACAGCUGUAAACAUUCUUCAGCAAAUCAUCGGUUUAGCGCCAGAGCACCAUGACGGUGCUGUUGCUUCUGUGGUUACCAUGGCACCAGGCACAUUAACGGUUGUGGAACAAGCUGAGGAUGAAACAGCAGGCAAUCACACAGUGAUGAUCCAGCAGGCCUUGGAGCAAGCUUCAGUGGAGCUUGGAGAGGGGCAUCAUCUGGUCGAGCAAGUCGUGGUCUCCUCUGAUGAUGUAGAAGGAAUUGAAACAGUUACUGUUUAUACUCAGGGCGAAGAGACAUCCGAAUUCAUUGUUUACGUGCAGGAGGCUGUGCAAGCAGAGGAGCAGACGACAGAGCAGCAAGUCGAGGAACUGUAACUGCUGCCAUAAUUUUUAACCAGGACUUCAACUGGUUGGAACAAAAAAGCACUAGCACCCCUGUUUUUGGUUUGCAUAAAAUAAUGGCAAUAGGAAUGGAAUCAGUGAACCCUGUUCAGGUCAGAGUGGCAGUAAAUAACCAAACAGCAAUUCUCCAGAAAAAGGAAUGGUCGUGAAUAGAUUUCCUUCUAUUACUUUGCUUUUCUAAUUUGUAGUUACCUUUUAUCCCAGUCUAUACACACCCUUUCCCAUUCCCUCCAUCCCCCACUUCCCUGAUCCUCCAACUUAUCUUCACAGUCCAUGCUUCUCUUCAAAGUGAUCAGGAGCAUCAAGAUGGCUGAAUCAAGGGGCAGUGCCAUGGAUAUCACCCAAGGUAGUCCACCCAGGAAAAUCUGGUAAUCAGUCAUAAGGGAGGGGGAAAGGGCUUCAUAAAUUUCCCUUAUGCUACCUCCUGUGUGGAUAGUUUGAGGGGGUGCGGCAGGGGAAGGCAAAACCCGGACUGGAGAAACUCAGGAAGCCCAAAGCCAUGGACACCUGAUGGUUGAGUUUCGUUUCUCUUUCUGAUUUUUUUUCUUUUAAACUAAAGUUUCCGCCUAACAACACCAUGAAAUACAAGUAAAUUUGGACUACAGGUAAAAGUAAAAUUUGUGUGAAGGGUGAGGAAAUUUUUAAUUUAUUCCAUGUUGGUAGUGACUCGGAACUAUUUUCAGAACCUCGUACCUCCUGAAAACUGGUCAAGUUAUAUGGAAUGUCAUCAGAUCACAGGUGGGAGCAUGUUAAGCUGAUUUUCUUCUGUGCUAUAGGCUGUGAAUUAAGUAUCAGUGUGACAGACACAUUGAAUAAAGAAUCAAAGCAA